AUGAAUAGUUAUUUUAAUUUAUCAUUAACAAAUUCUACAACUAAUGAUCAACAAUAUGAAACUGAUUAUACUCGUGGAAAUUUUCGAUUAACUAAUAGAGAUUCGACUCUAGCAAAUACAUAUUCAAAUUAUAAUAAUAUGAUGCAAACAGGUAUAUCAACAUCUCAUCAUUAUGAUCAACAUCAUACAACAAAUGAUUAUCUUUUACCAACAUCAAAUGGUAACUCAUCAUGGAAACAAAUUGAACCAAUACCAUCUUCAUCAUCAGUUAAUCAUAUGAUUCCAUCAUCAUCAUUUUCUAUGUCAGUUACAAAUCCAAUGCUUUAUUAUACACAUCCAUGGAUGAGACCAGAAUUUAGUUUUGAACAUAAACGUACACGACAAACCUAUACACGUCAUCAAACACUUGAAUUAGAAAAAGAAUUUCAUUAUACAAAAUAUUUAACACGUCGAAGACGAAUUGAAAUUGCUCAUAAUCUUGCGUUAACAGAACGACAAAUAAAGAUUUGGUUUCAAAAUCGUCGAAUGAAAUGGAAAAAAGAUAAUAAUUUCAAAUCACUUAAUGAUCCACAUGUAAAACUUGAAGCAAAUGCAACAAGUUAUGCAAAUACAAAUGAUACAGCAUGGUCAUCAAUAUCAAAUACUAAAAAAGAAAAUAAUCAUUCAUUUAAUAACAAUCGAAAUGAGAAAUAA